UAGCGCAUCUCUCAUUUUCAGUUUCAUCCUUUCUUCAUAUUCGCCACAGAAUAACCAAAACACAAACAAUGUACGGUUAAAUUCAAACCAAAACCGUAACCUUCAUCUUCCUCAUUCUUUCUCUCUUCAAUCAAUUCGACUUUUCACAAUGAACCAGAGCGUUCCUUCAUCUCGAAACGUUCGAAUCGGCCGAGUCAAGCCUCAAGCUCCUGGUAACCGCACCAUCUUCUGUAACGAUCGGCUAGCCAAUCAUCAUCUUCGAUUCAAGGGGAAUUCAAUAUCCACUACAAAGUACAACUUUUUCACUUUUUUGCCAAAAGGAUUGUUUGAACAGUUCAGGCGGGUUGCUAAUCUGUAUUUUCUUACAAUCUCUAUUCUUUCUACCACACCAAUCAGCCCCGUGUCUCCGAUUACUAAUGUGCUUCCUCUAUCUAUGGUGCUUCUUCUCUCUCUUAUUAAGGAAGCUUUUGAGGAUUGGAAACGUUUUCAAAAUGACAUGGCCAUAAACAAUAACAUGAUAGAUAUUUUGCAAGACAAAGAGUGGGUGUCUAUACCAUGGAAAAAAUUGCAAGUUGGUGACAUUGUUAAGGUUAAGCAGGAUGGAUUCAUUCCUGCAGAUUUGCUUUUCCUAGCUAGUACAAAUGUAGAUGGCGUCUGCUACAUCGAGACUGCUAAUUUGGAUGGGGAAACCAAUUUGAAGAUUAGAAAAGCAUUGGAAAAGACUUGGGAUUACGUGACUCCAGAGAAGGCAUCUGAAUUUAAAGGUGAAAUUCAGUGUGAACAACCAAACAAUUCAUUGUAUACCUUCACUGGAAAUCUUAUAAUUCAAGACCAAACACUUCCUCUCAGUCCAAAUCAACUUCUGUUGCGAGGAUGCAGCCUCAGGAAUACAGGACAUAUUGUUGGGGUUGUUAUUUUCACAGGACAUGAAACAAAGGUGAUGAUGAAUGCUAUGAAUGUUCCUUCCAAAAGAAGUACAUUGGAGAGGAAGCUUGACAAGCUCAUACUCACUCUAUUUGCAACUCUCUUUAUGAUGUGUUUUAUAGGAGCUAUAGGCAGUGCUAUCUUUGUAAACAAGAAGUAUUUCUAUUUGCAUCUUGAUUCAUCAGAAGAGAACGGCUUAGCACAGUUCAAUCCAAGAAAUAGAUUUGUGGUUUUUCUUCUGACCAUGUUUACCCUCAUCACUUUAUACUCAACAAUCAUCCCCAUUUCACUCUAUGUAUCGAUAGAGAUGAUCAAAUUUAUUCAGUCCACUAAAUUUAUAAACAACGAUUUGCGCAUGUACCACUAUGAAACCAAUACUCCAGCAUUGGCCAGAACUUCAAAUUUGAAUGAAGAACUUGGACAGGUUGAAUACAUCUUCUCAGACAAAACUGGGACUCUUACAAGAAACUUAAUGGAGUUCUUCAAGUGCUCGAUUGGAGGAGAGGUGUAUGGAAAUGGCGUGACUGAAAUUGAAAAGGGAAUAGCAGAGCGCAGGGGCAUAAAACUAGAGGAAAAUAUUUCACUCAAUGCAGUGCGAGAGAGGGGUUUCAAUUUUGAUGAUGCCAGGCUCAUGAGAGGAGCUUGGAGGAAUGAGCCGAAUCCUGAUAGCUGCAAGGAAUUCUUCAGAUGCCUUGCUAUUUGUCAUACUGUGCUUCCUGAGGGAGACGAGUUCCCUGAAAAGAUCAGAUACCAAGCUGCAUCACCUGAUGAGGCUGCUUUGGUUAUUGCUGCAAAAAACUUCGGUUUUUUCUUUUACAGACGUACACCUACAAAGAUAUAUAUUCGUGAAUCUCAUGCUGAGAAGAUGGACAAAAUUCAAGAUGUCUCGUAUGAGAUUCUGAAUGUGCUUGAGUUUAACAGUACAAGGAAGCGUCAAUCGGUUGUGUGCCGUUAUCCGGAUGGGAAGCUUGUAUUGUACUGUAAGGGUGCUGACAAUGUAAUCUAUGAGAGAUUAGUUGCUGGUUCUAAUGAUAUUAAAAAAGUUACUAGGGAGCAUUUGGAACAGUUUGGAUCUGCUGGUCUACGCACAUUAUGCCUAGCGUACAAAGAAUUACAUCCUGAUGUUUAUGAAAGCUGGAAUGAGAAAUUCCUUCAAGCUAAAUCCUCUCUAAGUGAUCGGGAAAAGAAGUUAGAUGAGGUGGCAGAACUUAUAGAAAAUGAUCUCAUUUUGAUUGGUAGCACUGCCAUAGAAGACAAGCUUCAAGAUGGAGUACCAGCCUGCAUAGACACUCUUCAAAGAGCUGGCAUAAAAAUUUGGGUGCUUACAGGGGACAAGAUUGAAACAGCAAUCAAUAUUGCCUAUGCUUGCAAUUUAAUAAACAACGAGAUGAAGCAAUUCAUUAUCAGUUCAGAAACUGAUGCAAUUAGAGAAGUUGAAGACAGGGGGGACCAAGUAGAAACUGCGCGAUUUAUUAGAGAAGAAGUUAUGAAAGAGCUGAAGAAGUGCCUUGAUGAAGUACAGAGCUAUUUUAGCUCUUUAUCUGCACCAAAAUUAGCACUUGUAAUUGAUGGAAAAUGUCUAACGUAUGCACUGGAUUCAAGUUUGAGAGUCAUGCUGCUGAAUUUGAGUUUGAAUUGCCAUGCUGUUGUUUGCUGCCGAGUUUCUCCUUUGCAGAAAGCACAGGUCACAACUUUGGUCAAGAAAGGUGCACGGAAAAUAACACUUGGUAUUGGUGAUGGUGCCAAUGAUGUUAGCAUGAUUCAAGCUGCUCAUGUUGGUGUUGGAAUAAGCGGGAUGGAGGGUAUGCAAGCAGUAAUGGCUAGUGAUUUUGCAAUUGCACAGUUUCGUUACCUUGCAGAUUUACUUCUUGUUCAUGGCCGGUGGUCAUAUCUUCGAAUAUGCCAGGUGGUGAUGUACUUCUUUUACAAGAAUCUCACUUUCACUCUUACUCAGUUUUGGUUUAACUUGCAAACUGGGUUUUCCGGCCAGAGAUUCUAUGAUGAUUGGUUUCAGUCAUUGUAUAACGUUAUCUUCACUGCGCUUCCUGUGGUCAUGGUUGGCCUAUAUGACAAGGAUGUUAGUGCAUCUAUAUCCAUGAAGUAUCCUGAACUAUACAUGGAUGGAAUAAGAGAUGUCUUUUUUAAAUGGAGAGUUGUGGCUAUAAGGGCAUUUCUUUCCGUUUACCAGUCUCUAAUAUUCUUCUAUUUUGUGAGUUCUUCAAGUUUAAGUGCUAAAAAUUCAGAUGGCAAGAUAUUUGGACUCUGGGAUGUUAGUACUAUGGCCUUCACAUGUGUUGUAGUAACUGUUAACUUUCGACUUCUGAUGAACUGUAAUUCAAUCACAAGAUGGCACUAUAUUAGUGUUGGUGGAAGUAUAUUAGGAUGGUUUCUUUUUGUUUUCUUAUAUUCAGGGAUCAGAACUCGUUAUGAUCGACAGGAGAAUGUGUAUUUUGUCAUAUAUGUCUUGAUGAGUACGUCUUAUUUCUACAUUAUGCUAAUUCUUGUCCCUGUUGCGGCACUUUUUUGUGACUUUCUUUAUCUAGGGGUUCAGAGAUGGUUCUUCCCUUAUGAUUAUCAAAUUAUUCAAGAACUGCAUAGACAUGAGAGUGAUGACUCUGCCAGUGUCCGACUGCUAGAGUCAGGGAACCAGACUCCGUCUGACGAAAGAAGCCAUGAAAUAUCUCAACUCCCACGUGAAGUAUCAACGCACACAGGGUUUGCUUUUGAUUCGCCUGGUUAUGAGUCAUUUUUUGCUUCACAGCUUGGUAUACGCCCCCAAAAGGCCUGGGAUGUCGCAAGACGUGCUAGCACAAGAUCCAGGGCGAAGAAUGUACAAAAAAAGUAAUAUGGUGUUGGAUGGUUGUACAUGUACUUUCAUUUUAGUCUUAGUUUGCAAACCGUCCAUAGGAGGAGGUUUAUAAAAUUAGAAUGUGCCAUAUCAAAUAUUGGUCAUUUUCAUUUAGGUAAAUAUUUUGUUCAUUUACGCAUAUUUUGUCUUUCUUCCUGUGACAAUAGUUUCUUUCAUAGGGGGAACUAGAGCAGCGUAAGGAUUAUCACAGAUGUAUAUACUCCACUAGUUUUUGAAAGUCGGCCAAUGUCCAUUCCUAGAGGUUUUGUGAA